GGCAACGUCUCCAAGAGCAGCGUUAUCGUUAAGAACAUCGAGGGAGGGAAAAUCCUUUUGGAAAAACAGUUUAACGGGCCGGGGAACAUGGCGCUCUCGAGAAGACAUCUGCUGAGUCUGCUCUGGGCUUUUGUCGUCCACGAAUAUUGUCUCCACACGGUGAGCUGCCAGGAGGAUGACAGCAGCCGUUGUUUACCUCGCAAAACAUUCUUCGCCCUUCUACGCCUUCCUGAAGUUGGUUCGAAUCUGGCCGCGUAUUCAAGGACAGCUCGAAUCAUUCAGGACGCCAAAGAUCGCACGGACUACGUUAAUCUCAAGAGCCACAUGAGCAACGAGGACGGAGAAGAUGCGAAGAUUUGCUUGCCGCCUGGGGUUUAUCUCGAUUUGUUCAACGACCCGGAAACCCGCGGUCAUCUGAGCGCCGGUGGUCGAGCACAAAAGAUGUUCGACGAUCCUAUGGAUCGGGCCGCUGAUAUCGUUGACCCUGGCGCCGAGGAUAUCGUCGACUCGGAGAAGAGAAGUAUCGCCACACUCGCGAAAAAUGGUGACUUACCGAUUUCUAUUCAGGACCGCAGCCAGACCGACGCCGCGAACAGCGAUGCCUCCGGGCAAAGAGCAAGGUUCGAUUCCCUGAGCAGCGAGUCCCUCGACGGCCUCAUGAAGAUUCUUGCCGACAGCGGAAUCGAGGAUCGGCACAACCUACCGGAAAUCGCGGCCGAGUACACCCUCCCCAAUGGUGAGCUAAACCUCGAAGCACUCGCCCGGGACUUCCCACCAGCUGGUAAGAGGAACGUCGCUUCACUGGCCCGAGAUUUCGCUUUGCCUGUGCAAAGCUCUUCGUCCAGUGGAAAGAGGAACAUCGCUGCCCUGGCCCGGGACUACGGCUUACCCAGCGGCAAAAGAAACGUUGGUACUUUGGCCCGCGAUUGGAUGUUACCGCAAAAUGGUAAGAGAAAUGUCGCUUCGUUACCGCGAAUUUAUCUGCUACCAACGCUUUAUGGAAGCGGUAAAAGGAACCUUGGCUCCAUAGCGAGCGCGAAUUACCGAUUGCGUUACGGUAAACGCUUCGUCGGUGCAUUGGCACGAUCAAGCGAUUUUCCACUCCGGGAUAACGAGAAACGAAACAUGGCGGCGUUGGCAAGAAACGGCGAUCAUUGGGGCAAACGCAACGUCGGUACUCUCGCGAGAGACUGGAGCUUGCCGAACCAAAAUCGACACGGACGCUCUUUGACCGAGCGCGAAUUAAACGCCGAACGUUUCGAUCGCGAGUUACAAAAACUCGGACUCGAGACACACCGCGACCACCAGGAUCAAGCUCAAUCUGAGACCGAGAGAAUAACGAAGCUCUCCGCGAUCAUGGACAGCUCGAAAAAACCUCUGCAAACGAGCGCUUUCGAAGCCGAAUUAACAAACGCCAAAAAUCAUAUGAUCAAAAAUGUCAUGGGAGGCAAACGCUCCAAACGCCAAAUCGACUACUCGGACGAGUACCCACUUCCGGUUAUGCAGAACACCAACGUUUUUGAUUACGAGGACAUGAUCGAGGCACUCACCGGCGAAUAUCCCAACACGCAGAAGAGAUUCAUGGGAACAGGUGACGAUACGGAGUUGCAGAACAGUGGAGAAGCAACGUCGGGGUAUAUCGACAUGUACCAACCAAGUAAGAGACAUAUCGGGGCAUUGGCACGCCACGGAUGGCUACCAUCCUUCAAGGCGGCACGAUUUUCGCGCUCCCCACGAUAUCUGGUCGGCAGGGAGGAUCCCGCAGAUGGGACCGCGUCCGACGACUCCACCAACUCGUCGGCUGGGACGUUAAAUCAUUAUCGGAGACCGAUGACCCGCUAUCUGCAGUCCUUGCAAAGAGAUUGUCGUCACGGCUUCAGAACGAAUCCACCAAUGCCUGAGAUCGAGCACGGCCUCGGCCCGAAGCUUCAUUUCAGAGUCUCCGAUUUGCUAUAGAAUAUAGUUUCCUCAAAUUUCCAUAAUAGUCGAAAACUCUGGUUGUUCUUAAUAAGCAAGCAUUAGCUCCGAGCACGCGCAUUUGUCAAGUAUUUAUCCGGUUUCCGAUCGCCGCUCUUCCCAAGUCCAGAGCUCCCACUAAUCUCGCUUGGCGAUGUCAAUGCUUUGUUUUCCUCAUUACACACCGGCAACGCGAAUCGAGAACCGAGACACUUGCAGGGGGGGAUUGAGUUUAUCGCUAAAUGCUAAACAGACCGGGCGAUCCACUGUAAAUAUAGAGGAUGCUAUUAAAUGUAGCCCCAUCGAAGGCUCUUUCGCUCUAACACAAGACAAUAACAAAAGGCACAAAUAUACUCUCCGACGUCCGUAGUUGCAAAAAACAAGAAAUUAAUAACAGAGAACAAUACAUGCAAAAUGUUGUAUAGAAAAAAAGUGAAGCAUUGGCAAAAAACGCAUUAGAGCCCCCGUCCUGUAUGCGAGAAACGAAACGAUGCAACGAAACGUGUGUUAAACGAAUAUUUACGAACGAGAGAGUUGUUCCGAGUGCGAGAAAACAAAAAAAAACAAAAAAAAAGCAAAAAAAAAACAAUUAAAUCCUCAAGUUAGCUUCGACUUUGUUUUUCCUCGCGUUUCAAUCGCUCUCUUCGCGGACUGUAAGAUGCGGGUUUAUUGUUGACGGGCUCUUGACAAAAACGUCUGUAUUACCGAAAAUUUUUGCUACUGCGUCUACAAGAUAUUCGAUGUACCUACUACUAUUUAAUGAAAAAAUACAGAAGAAAAAUUAUAUAUAUACAUGAAUAAAUAAUAUAUAAGAUAUCAGCGUAGUCGCAGGUUGCAAAAUAAUAAUUCAGAUAAAAUCCUCUGGAGUUUCGAUCUCCGAAGUUUCGUCGAUGUCAAUCGACACCGAGCUCGAUAAUCGGAACGAAUAUUUUUCCCGAAUAAAUAUCGCGUUAACGCAGCGCUCGAGAAGCGGUUACAUAGAGACAACUUAUUAGCGAAACUCGUUAGCGCUCGAGAGCGGCUAGAAAUGGAUAAUCGAAAGGGUGUUUGACCUUGGAAAUUUCGUUAGAGCUCAGCGAAUACGUCUAAACGGAUAAUUGUAAUGGUUACGUUCUCAUUGUUUCGUCAUUCGUCGGUGUAAGCUCGUAGUCCAAUAUCAAUCUACCUUAAAAACUUACUUCGUAUAUACAUAUAUGUAAAUGGAAACUUGCGGAUAUCGAGACGAGGAUUAAAACUGGAAAAGCAGCUUAAACGGAGGCGUGAUAAUCGACGAAAAUCGAAGUGGCUGGCUUCGACGUUCGGGCACGAUUAUCACUGAUAAGGAUAUCGCGUAACGACGAUCCCAAUAUAUUUUCCAUUCCCGACAAUGUUUAACCGUUUCGAGAGCACGUUUUCGAAUACGUUAAACAACGCUGAGUCAUUGCUGUGAACGACAUAUAACUUAAAUACGAAAUUUAUUGAUCUACGUGUAAUAUGUGUGUGUUGACUAUAGACAAUAAUGUGGACAUAAUAAUUGACAAUAAAAGGGAUAAUAACAUUGAAA